GACACGUUCAGAGAAAACUAUAGUUGGAAAAUUCCUAUUACUCACAAUGACUUCAAAAUUUUAAAAAAUAAUGAAAGUCAGCUGAAUGAAGUCCUUCGGCUUAAGUUUAACUGUGUCUCUACCCUGGUCUCUCUAACUCUGGAAGGUAACAGAAAGUCUCUGCAGGUCUACAGAAAGAUGCUGAGUCCUGGGCUAGAGUUAUCUGUGUGGAAAGAUGACCUCACCAGACAUGCUGUUGAUGCUGUGGUGAAUGCAGCCAAUGAAGACCUUCUGCAUGGGGGAGGCCUGGCCCUGGCCCUAGUGAAAGCUGGUGGCCCUAAAAUCCAAGAAGAGAGCAGAAAAUUUGUUGCCCAAUAUGGUAGAAUAUCAGCUGGUAACAUAGGUGUCACUGGAGCUGGGAUGCUUCCCUGCAAAACGAUUAUCCAUGCUGUCGGGCCUCGGUGGUUGUCGACUGAACAUCAGAGAUGCAUUAGUGAGCUGCAAUGUGCCAUUAUGAAUGUACUGAACUAUGUUAUCUUUGGAAAUGUGAGCAUUGAGACAGUAGCAAUUCCAGCCCUGAGCUCCGGAAUUUUCCAGUUCCCUCUGAAUUUGUGCACACGGGUCAUUGUAGAAACAAUCUGGUCUUAUUUCCAAGAAAGGCAAGGAGUCAGUAAAUUGAAAGAAAUUCACCUGGUGAGCAAUGAGGACCCUACUGUUGCUGCCUUUAAAGAUGCUUCAGAAUUACUUUUAGGACCGACAGAGCAGGUCCUCCAGAUGAGUCGAGAAGCCAUCCCUCCUUCCAACAUGAUAGUCAUAAACAACCUAACUCUCCAGGUUCUUCAGGAUCACAUUGAAUGGCAG